UCUUAUGAUUCAUUGAGACUCUGAGCAAUGGCUUCAGAGCUUGCUUCACAAAUAUGCAGCCACUUAGCCUCCAUCUUCACCAAACCAACCCACCCCCACCCACCGGUCCUCGACCUAUUGGUCACCGAGCUCUCUUCCACAGCGGCACGAAAAGGCCGCGUCUUUCUUUAUGGGGUGGGCCGAGAGGGCCUAAUGUUGAAGGCGCUAUGUAUGCGCCUUGCCCACUUAGGCCUCUCGGCCCACAUGGUAUUCGACAUGAACACUCCCCCGAUCGCAGCUGCGGAUCUACUCAUAGCCUCAGCCGGCCCAGGUGGAUUUUCUACUGUGGAUGCAAUUUGCUCCGUCGCCCGAUCGAACGGCGGUCGAGUCCUGCUGCUGACGGCGCAGCCGGAGACUGGAUCGUGUGCGAGGCACGCUAGCGUGGUUGGUUAUGUGCCAGCGCAGACCAUGGCGGAUGAUGGUGGGGAUGUGAUGAAAUCUCGGCCGUUGCUUCCAAUGGGGAGCGUGUACGAGGGGGCUUUGUUUGUGUUGUUUGAGAUGGUGGUGUAUAAGUUGAGUGAGGUUUUGGGUCAGAGCCCUGAGGAUGCCAUACGAGCCCGCCACGCCAAUCUAGAAUGACCGCGAUUACCUGUUGAAUGUGGGCCCACCAUAGAUCGUGAGAUUGGAGAGAUUUUUUAUUGUGACCGACAUAUGGGAUAAUACAUCACGUGUUAAUAUAUAAAUUAUGGGAUAUGUGUGUUAAAAAGUUAAUAACUUAAGAAAUAAAAUUUCUCAUCACUUACAUAAAAACACGUGAUGUAUCACUCGUAUUUCUGUCACAAUUAAAAAUUUCUCUUGAGAUUGUUAGUCACGUGCUCCACUUUCUAUGCCUCCUCGACUGCGCAAAAGCUUUCGUACUCGCGUUACCCGCCCGGUCGACCCUUUGUUUUCCGUGUUGGAUAUUUGUUGGAUAGUUAUUUAGGCACUUUUGUUUUUGAAAAUCUAGAUGUUGUUGUGCACUUGCGGUAGGGUUAGAUUGGUAUUGUUGUGGUUUUAGAAAAAAAAUAAUUUGUAUCAUGUUGCGAGAAGAAAUAGUUGUAAAAUAAAGCAGCUGUGUGUUUCGUAAACAUUUUUUUAUUGUAAAAGAGCUUUU